CAGCGGGUAGCGCCUCCAGCGCCGUCCGCGCUCGCUCGGCGGCCGCGGGGCCGCAGGCCGGUCCGGGGAGGCGGCGAAGGCGGCGCCCAAGCGCCCGCCGCCCAGCAGGCAGGAUGAGCAUCGAGAUCCCCGCGGGACUGACGGAACUGCUGCAGGGCUUCACGGUGGAGGUGCUGAGGCACCAGCCCACGGACCUGCUGGAGUUCGCGCUGCAGCACUUCACGCGCCUGCAGCAGGAGAACGAGCGCAAAGGCGCCGCGCGCUUCGGCCAUGAGGGCAGGACCUGGGGGGACGCGGGCGCCGCCGCCGGGGGCGGCACCCCCAGUAAGGGGGUCAACUUCGCCGAGGAGCCCAUGCACACCGACUCCGAGAAUGGGGAGGAGGAGGAGGCCGCGGACGCCGGGGCGUUCAACGCUCCUGUAAUAAACCGAUUCACAAGGCGUGCCUCGGUAUGUGCAGAAGCCUAUAAUCCCGAUGAAGAAGAAGAUGAUGCAGAGUCCAGGAUUAUACAUCCCAAAACUGAUGAUCAAAGAAAUCGAUUGCAAGAGGCUUGCAAAGACAUCCUGCUGUUUAAGAACCUGGAUCCGGAGCAGAUGUCUCAAGUGUUAGAUGCCAUGUUUGAAAAACUGGUCAAAGAAGGGGAGCAUGUAAUUGAUCAAGGUGAUGAUGGUGACAACUUCUACGUGAUUGAUAGAGGAACAUUUGAUAUCUAUGUGAAAUGCGAUGGUGUCGGAAGGUGUGUGGGGAAUUACGAUAACCGCGGGAGUUUCGGUGAACUGGCCUUAAUGUACAAUACGCCCAGAGCAGCUACAAUCACUGCUACCUCUCCUGGUGCUCUGUGGGGUUUGGACAGGGUAACCUUCAGGAGAAUAAUUGUAAAAAAUAAUGCCAAAAAGAGAAAAAUGUAUGAAAGCUUUAUCGAGUCACUGCCAUUCCUUAAAUCGUUGGAAGUUUCUGAACGCCUGAAAGUGGUGGAUGUGAUAGGCACCAAAGUAUACAACGAUGGAGAACAAAUCAUUGCUCAGGGAGAUUUGGCGGAUUCUUUUUUCAUCGUAGAAUCGGGUGAAGUGAAAAUCACUAUGAAAAGGAAGGGUAAAUCAGAAGUGGAAGAGAAUGGCGCCGUGGAAAUCGCUCGGUGUUCUCGGGGACAGUACUUUGGAGAGCUGGCUCUGGUCACUAACAAACCUCGGGCAGCUUCCGCACACGCCAUCGGGACUGUCAAAUGUUUAGACCUGCAGGCAUCUUCAGAAUUCACUUCUUAGAGAAGUCGCUUUUUAAAAGGCUUUCACUAUGGAUGUGCAGGCGUUUGAAAGGCUUUUGGGACCUUGCAUGGAAAUUAUGAAAAGGAACAUUGCCACCUAUGAAGAACAAUUAGUUGCUCUGUUUGGAACUAACAUGGAUAUUGUUGAACCCACUGCAUGAAGCAAAAGUAUGGACAAGACCCAUAGUGACAAAAUUACACAGUAGUGGUUAGUCCACUGAGAAUGUGUUUGUGUAGAUGCCAAGCAUUUUCUGUGAUUUCAGGUUUUUUUCCUUUUUUACAUUUACAAUGUAUCCGUAAACAGAGUAGUGAUUUAAUACUCAAUAGGCUUUACCAUCACUUUCUAAAGAGUAGGUCAAAAAAAUACUGACAUACUGAUGAGAUGACUUUGUACUCCACAAAAUUAUGAUUUGAGUGAAAGAUUUAUUCAGAUGAUUGUAAUAUACUGAAAGUAUCUGUGUGUAAGAAGAUAAUUAAAGGAUGCUGCCGUGGGUGAUACGUGUUCAUUUGGACUUCCCCGGAUUGCUGUGUUAGUGAGUGUGCCCGUGAAAAGGGACCCUGGCAGUGACUCAUGCUGGACAGCCUUGCAUCACAUUCUUUUUACAACUCACUAUAUAUAGUAAGUACAGUUUUAACCAUUUUUGUUUUCUCAAGUUUUUCUGGCUUGAUAAGUUAUGUGCUGGCCUUGGACUACGGUAAAAUGGUAGAACACAUCAUAUGCAAUUUUCAAACCUUUUCUAUUUUUGCAAUAAAGUACAUUCUGACUUCUUUGGCAUAAUGUCAGUAACCUCCGUACUCCAGUGGUUUUAAGGACAGGCAAUGUAGUCAUUAUGAUAAUAGGGAAGAGUCUUUUUUAGAUGAGAGAUCAUUGACACAGUUUCCUCAUAAAGCAUAUAUCUGCUUCCUUUUUCCAUUUUGUAGUUCUCUGUACUCUUUAAAAGUUUGAGUUCGACAUGUAAUGUCACAAAUAGUUUUUUUAAAUGCUAUUUAAACUUGUCUUCUAGAAGUCAGAGAUCUUACAUAUGCAAAAAAAAAAAAGAAAGAAAAGGAAAAAAAGACCUCUCCUAUACCAAAAAUAUUUUGGGGUCCUUAUCAACAUGCCCACAGGUAUUUCUCUGUUCUUCACUAGGUGUACAUAAUAUGAUCCUUUGCAGACAUCUGCUCCCAUGGGUUUCCUUUAAGGUGGUAGAAAUAAAUUUUUAUGAGCAAAACCAUAUAUAAAGAUAAAAGGAAUUUCUGCCCCAUCCAAUUAGGCCUUGCCAUUUGUGUUAAUGUAGACUCAAAAGUGCAGGAUGAACUUAACUGAAUAGAUUUUCAUUGAUAAUAUGUUUAUUAUUCUGCCACAUAAGAUGAAUUACAUUUAACCAAAGCAGUAUUAUUCUUAACAUGAUUUCUAGGCCCACAUGACCCCAGUGUCUGGAGAGAUUAGUUCUAACCAGUUGUUCACUUUUAAAUGAGCCCAUUGCAUUUUGGGAAACAGGUUUUACAGAAAUACAAACCUGGGUAAAAAUAUUCUGUGGCUCUUAUAGUGUGAUGUUAUUAGAGAAUGUUUAUGGUCUUACAUAUAUAAUGAAAAUAUGGUUAAAAUGUUCAUCAAGUAAUGUACAUAUAAAAAUUAUGUAAAGUAUAACUUAACCACAUUUUAGAACACUGUUUAACAAUUUUGCAAACUUUCUUGUAGGAAGAGAGCUUACGACAUGAAGAUGACUUGUUUUCUAUUUCAGAUUUCAUUUUAAAAGCCAGGUCUGUUAAAAAAGAAAAAAAACCACAAAGAACCCCCAGAUUCCUGGCUCAUCAUUCUGUACUCUUUAUCCACUUUUUCAAGAUACCUUGUUGCAUAAGCUGAUUAUUAACUAUUCAUGGAGUAGCAAACAAAUGCCUGUUUAAUAAAGAACUCUGACCAAGGCUGUAAAUGCCAGUUACAUUAUUUUCAGUAUUGUUGGUUAUAUUUAAAUUUACCUUAUAAUAAAGCACACUUUUAUAAUAAAAUGUUUUUAAUGAA